CGUUGCAACGACACAUUUGUUUACGUUAGCGGAGACGGGUCUUCCACGUGCCCACCCUGUUGGCGGCGGUGGGCGUCCACUCCUCACACCAAGAUGCGGUUCUCCACCUCACCUGCGUCUUCCUGAAGAAGUGUGGACAACUUCCCCGCCUGUGAUCACCUCACAGGCCACCACCAGGGCUCAUAGGAUCUGUGGGAUCGUCGAAGCCCGAAAACAACAACAACAACGUGCAAGUGUCACUGCACUUACCCACCCAUCACCGGACCCCUACUGCCCCUGGUGCAGGACGGUCGAGGAAACCAUUGAACACUUCUUCUUACACUGCCCCCGCUUCCACUCCCACCGUGUUGUGCUCCGUGAUCACCUUGUUGCCUUGGGUGUGUCUACCUUUGACCUGCCCACCCUGCUGGCGGCGGCGGGCGUCCACUCCUCACACCAAGCUGCGGUUCUCCGCCUCACCUGCGUCUUCCUGAAGAAGUGUGGACAACUACCCCGCCUGUGAUCACCUCACAGGCCACCACCAGGGCUCAUAGGAUCUGUGAGAUCGUCGAAGCCCAAAAACAACAACUUACCCACCCUCCUGACAGAUUCGGGUGUGCAUUCAUUCAUCCUUCUCGACAUCCUGAGGAUCCACUGUCUAUUGCCACGGCGGUGGUAGUGUUACAUGACUACCUCAAGGCUGAUAAGGAUCACUAGGUCUUAGCAGCUCAAACAACAACGAAUGUUGUUGCUGCGUACCAUCUGUGCCAACUCCACUCCAGCGUGUUUGUCAAGCAUAUCCCAGAUAUACAAAUAGUGAAAGAUGCCUGAAGACCAAAGUAAAGAAAAUGAUGAGAACCCAACAGAUGAUGACAACAAGAAGGUUGCUGUUAUUACGAAGAAGAAGAAAGUUUUCCGUCCAAAGAGCAGUGUUGUUAAAGGGGUGCCCCCAGAGCUGGAAAAUGACCCUAAAUUAAAGCUGGCAGUUGAAGUGUUACCUCAAAAUUACAAUUUUGAAAUACCAAAGACAAUCUGGAGAAUUCAGCAAGCCAAUGCCAAGCAUGUUGCACUCCAGUUUCCUGAAGGUCUUUUGAUAUUUGCCACAACAAUUGCAGACAUCUUGGAAUCUUGGACUGGAGCUGAAGUUACAAUAAUGGGGGAUGUGACAUAUGGGGCAUGUUGUGUUGAUGACUUCACAGCACGAGCCAUUGGAGCUGACUUCAUGGUCCACUAUGGCCACUCGUGUUUGGUGCCCAUUGAUCAGACAGGUUCCAUCCCAUGUUUGUAUGUGUUUGUUGACAUUCAGUUUGACACGGUUCAUUUAGUGGAUGCUAUCAAGUCUGUCUUUCCCACAAAUGAGCCAUUGGCACUGGUGUCAAUAAUUCAGUUUGUCAGUUCUCUACAGAAGGUUGCCCAAGAAUUGAGGGACUGUGGGUAUAGUGUGUGUGUUCCACAGUGUCGUCCACUGUCCCCGGGUGAAAUCCUGGGCUGCACUUCAGCCCCAGUGCCCUCUGAACACACCAUUAUCUGUCUUGGUGAUGGCCGCUUCCACCUUGAAUCCAUCAUGAUCUCAAACCCAGAGUUAUCAACUUACUUAUACAACCCAUACAGUAAGGUUUUGUCUAGAGAAUAUUAUGACCAGCCAUUAAUGAAAAAGAUCCGCAAGGAAGCCAUUGAUAAAGCAGUCAAGGCUGAAAAAUGGGGCCUGAUCCUUGGUACUCUUGGGAGACAAGGAAACACUAAAGUCAUGGAAAACUUGCAGAAGCAGUUGUCAGCAGCCAAGAAGAGUUUUGUUGUGGUCUUGUUGUCUGAAAUAUUUCCUGCCAAACUGGCUGCCAUGAGUAGUGUGGAGGCCUGGGUGCAGGUAGCAUGUCCCCGUCUCUCCAUAGACUGGGGUGCCUCUUUCCCUAAACCAUUGCUGAACCCCUAUGAAGCAUCAGUGGCUCUCAGACAUGCUGUGUGGGACACUAAGUCCUAUCCCAUGGAUUUUUAUGCCCAUGAGAGCUUAGGAAACUGGACACCAAACCACAAGCCUCCAUGUCUCUGUGGCAAGACUCGCAGCACAGGAUGUAAAGGGGUAAGGUGUACAGCAGUGAGGUAGUUAAUGUGUUUUUUGGCCAGGAUACUGGCUUUCUACCAUCUUAGAACUAUACUAUUGAGGGUUUUUUUUCACUCUGGGUGCUCUUUGGUUGUAGGAUUGUAGGACAAACUUUAUUUUAAUGUUUGGUUAUAUUCAUCCUCAUUAAUUAAGAUAUUCUCAUAUUGUGAUAAUAGCAUAAGUGGGCAUUAUUAUGAUAAAUUACCUUAAUAAUGAUACUGGAUUUUUGGUUAUCUGAAAAUUGUUUCUCAUGUAUAUUGCCGAUACUUUUUGGUUUCAAACUAGUUAUGAUCAAUAUUUGAGUUUUUGGAACAUGAGUAUGUUGAGGUUUUUAAGCUUUCAAAAUCAGAUGUAAUUAUUUUACAUAAAACAAUACUUUUCACCAGGGAAGAGGUAGGAUAAACAUUGAAUUUUGAAUUAUUUCUAUGAUUUUUCUAAGUUUUCUAAGACAAGAGAUAAAAACAAAGAUUUGGAUUUAUCAAUUUUUAAAAUUGAAAUAUCAACAAUGUUAUUGCUAGUAUUGGAAUUAUGGAUCAGUUGUUGGUUAUCAUCGAUAAAGUUAUCAUUACUGAUUUAUGAGUUAUUGUGAUGGACGUUUUGUUUUUACAUCCAUCUAUGAGCGUAUAUCUAUUAACCAGCCUGUGCUGGCUGUGAAGGGAUGCUUUUCAUUCUUUUCUUUGAAAUUCAAAAUAGAUUUUUCCUUAUGCUUAUACUUUCAGUCUUUGUUGACUGUUAACUUCUAGCAUUAGCUAAAGUGAAGUCAUCUUUUGCAAUGUUUGUGCUCAUUAGGUAAUUGGAUUAAGUAUUGAUUUAUAUUCUGGAGUGUGAUAAGGACACAUGAGUUUGGCAUUGAUUUAUUUCAUAGAGGCAGGUCAUACAGCAUUUACCUGGGUGAUGGUUCACAUACUGAACAAAGCUCACUAUGUAAUGAAUCCACUUUGUGGGUUGCCUAGUGCAGGAGAGAAGGCAUGGCACUUGCUUCACAUAAAUAUAGUGAUUAGAUAGAAAUACAACCAUUAAGUAAGGCUGCUAAGGAUUAAAAGGAGAGUGAAGUGUUUUUUUCCUGCAAACUGUUUAAUUUCAAUAAAUUCAUAUUCAGUA